AUGCCGGUUCCCCACCCCUUUGAUCCUUUGAGUCCAAAGGAGAUCGCAAAGGCUGCGGAUAUUGUACGCCAUGCAUUUCCCGGGAAAACCCCCAAUUUUCGAGUGAUAACCCUGAAGGAACCUCCAAAGGCAGAUAUGGUGCCCUUUUUGGAGCAGGUUCAUAAAGGAAAUGGUGCACCGAAAAGGCCUGCGAGAGUUGCUCGUGUCCAAGUAGUCCUUCCUGGAGGUUCUUCUGCAAAUCAGUUUAUUGAGCUCCUAGAACACCUGAUCGGAAGGCAUCCGUAUAUUGACUCUGAUUACAUGAAAGCCGCCGAGAAGGCGUGCAUAUUAGAUCCGAAUGUCCAAGAAGAGAUUGCCCGCUUGCAACUGCCGGAUGGUGCUACCGUUGUUGUGGAGUCGUGGGCAUAUGCCACAGAUGGCACCAAGGACACCUCACAACGGACUACCAUGUGUUGGUUUUACAUGCGCUUGGUGGAUGACGCCGAUGCCAAUUACUAUGCCUAUCCUCUAGAUCUGUGCGCGGAAGUAUCGGAAGACUUGAAAGUCACCAAGACGUAUCAACUUCCUUCUGGUCCAGACGAUCGCAUUCACGACAAGCCGGAGCCAUUCGAUCGCCGCAAAAUCCACGGCGCAGAGAUCGAGUAUAGCCCUGGAUUGAGAGCUUCACCGCGAACAACCACAAAGCCAUACCAAGUGGUACAGCCGGAAGGCCCCUCAUUCAAGACACAAGGAAACUAUUUAGAUUGGGAAAAAUGGUCCAUGCACAUCGGGUUCAACUACCGAGAAGGCCUCACCCUUCACGACAUUCGCUACGAUGGUCGAAGCCUCUUCUACCGCUUGUCCCUUGCAGAGAUGUUUGUGCCUUAUGGCGACCCGCGAGCCCCUUACCCUCGCAAGGGGGCAUUUGAUCUUGGCAAUGACGGGGCGGGGAUUAAUGCUAACAACCUCCGUCUGGGCUGUGACUGCUUGGGUCACAUCAAGUAUUUUGAUGGCUGGCACACGACUACUGCAGGGGACCCACUAAAGCUUCCGAACGUAGUCUGCUGUCAUGAGGAAGAUGACGGCAUUUUGUGGAAACACACAAACUACCGGACGAGGAAUGCGGUGGUGACGCGCUCGCGGAUCCUCGUCCUGCAAACCAUCAUCACCGUUAGCAAUUACGAAUAUAUCUUCGCUUUCCACUUUGGUCAGGAUGCGUCGAUUCAUUACGAAGUACGCGCUACUGGAAUUCUUUCAACCGCACCGAUUGAUAUUGGCGACAAAGUACCGUGGGGUACCAUUGUCGCGCCCGGCGUUCUAGCCCCCUAUCAUCAGCAUCUAUUCUGCCUGCGUAUGGAUCCCGCAAUCGAUGGUCACAGCAAUUCUCUGCAGGUCGAAGAAUCCCAUGCUAUACCUGUCGACGUGCACGGCUUUGACCAUACCGGUAAAUCUCAAGAACAAAUCGACUCGCAUAGAAACCCCUUCGGCGUCGGAUACGUCACGCGCUCUUCCAUCGUGGAGGAAGAAAGCGGCUUGGACCUUGAUAUAAAUAAGAAUCGCACCUUCAAAAUCAUCAACGAGAAUGUCAUUAACCCGGUAACUGGAACCCCGGUAGGCUUCAAAUUACUUCCCGCCUAUAGUCAAAUGCUGCUCGCACACCCGGAUUCGUACCAUGCCAGGCGCUCAGAGUUUGGACAGCACGCCGUCUGGGUUACGCGGUACACCGAAGAAGAACACUUCCCUUCUGGCCGUCACACUAUGCAGUCACUAGGUGGCGACGGGAUUGCUUCGGCGAUCGCCAAGCGAGCUGGAACCGAGCAUUCCUCGGUGCGCAAUAAGGAUAUUGUCAUCUGGCAUACUUUCGGGUCGACUCACAACCCCAGAAUCGAAGACUGGCCCGUCAUGCCCUCGGACAAGAUGGUAGUUGGUCUUAAACCUGUCAAUUUCUUUACUGGUAAUCCUGGUCUUGACGUCGCAAUCUCAACGCAGGAGAGGAACAGGAGUGUCUUGGUUGAGGGAGGGGAUGAUGUUGACCCCAGGUCGGGUUGUUGCCAUCUGUAA